UAUAUCUACAUUGCAUAUUUUCCACACAUGUAAAUAGCGAAACCAAGAAACUGAACCAUAACAGAUUAUACUCGCAGACAUUUCUCAGUUCUUCUGUGUUUCUUGAAAAUGAUUACGGAGGACGUUAAUCACUCGGAUACUGCUAACACAGCGGUUUUUAACAACACAGAUACAGUUACUCAGAUGGACAGAGAUGAGAAACCUCUUCAUAUUGAAACAGUCAUCAAACAAAGAUCACCAGAGAGAAAUAUUUCUGAUUUUCGCUGUGAGAUUUGUAGGAAAACAUUCUCUUCGGAGCACGAGGUAUUUCGGCAUAAAGAAAUACACAGUAAAGAAAAGCUUUUCCAGUGUGAAGUAUGCGGAAAAUCUUUCGUGUUUAACAGUAAAUUAGCAAGUCAUAGGAGAGUUCACACAGGGGAAAAACCUUAUAAGUGUGCAGCAUGUGGGAAAUGUUUCUUUUAUAAUUCUCAUCUUGUUACCCACAAACGUAUUCACACAGGAGAAAAACCUUUCCAUUGUGAAAUGUGCGGAAAGUACUUCGUUUCUAACAGUAAUUUAACACAGCACAAGAUAACACACACCGGGGAAAAACUCUUUCGUUGUGAAAUAUGUGGUAAAUCUUACACUCAGAAUUCCACACUUACUGUCCACAAACGUAGUCACACGGGAGAAACACCUUUCCAUUGUGAAACGUGUGGAAAGUCUUUUGUUUCCAGCAGUGAUUUAAACAGACACAAAAGGACACACUCUGCGGAAAAACCUUUUCGUUGUGAAAUUUGUAACAAAUCUUUUACGCAGAAUUCUAGUCUUAUUUGUCACAGUCGGAGUCAUUCUGGGGAGAAACCCUUCCGAUGUGACGUGUGUGGAAAAUCAUUCACUUGGAAUUCACAUUUUGUCGAUCACAAACGAAGCCACACGGGAGAAAAACCGUAUCGUUGUGAAAUUUGCGGGAAGUCGUUUGUUAAUAAUUCUUGCCUUAUGAUCCACAUACGUAGUCAUACUGGAGAGAAACCGUUUCGUUGUGAAAUGUGCGGGAAAUCUUUCAUUAAAAAGUCCUGUCUUGUUGUUCAUAAACGCGGCCACACGGGGGAAAAGCCCUAUCAGUGUGAAACGUGCGGAAAAGCUUUCGUUAAAAAUUCUAGCCUUGUAGAUCACAAAAUGAUUCACACGGGGGAAAGACCCUAUCAUUGCGAAAUAUGCGGGAAAAAUUUUACUCAUAACUCUCAUCUUGUUGUUCAUGUCCGGACUCAUACGGGAGAAAAGCCUUAUCGUUGUGAUAUCUGCGGGAAAUCGUUCGUCAAUAAUUCUAAUCUUGUCGUCCACAAACGUAGUCAUACGGGAGAGAGACCGUAUCGUUGUGAAAUUUGCGGGAAAUUUUUCACUGGGAAUUCUUGCCUUGUUGUUCAUAAACGUACCCACACUGGAGAAAGACCUUUUCAUUGUGAAACCUGUUGGAAAUCGUUUGUGUGUAACAGUCACUUAAAAUCACACAAACAAAUGCACACAAGAAGGAAGUCUGUGAACAGUGAAAAGAAAAACUUGCAUGUGAUUUAACUGUUAUUUUUAGCACAUAUCACGACCAUCUGAUACCUAUUUCUUUA